AAAACUUUUUUCUUUAUUAUAUUUACUAAUAAUUUAUCAGAAUGAAAUAUAACAUUAAUAUUUUAAUGUAAUAUCUCUGAUAGUUAACAGCGUGCUUUAUAUUAGUACAUUUCAGCAUCAAAACUAGGAAAAAUAACGAGGAAUGGCUGUGGAAGAACUUCAGUCCAUAAUAAAGAGAUGUCAAAUCCUAGAAGAGCAGGACUUUAAAGAAGAAGAUUUUGGCCUAUUUCAGUUAGCAGGCCAAAGAUGCAUAGAUGAAGGGCACAUAGACCAGCUAUUAGAAGUUAUUCAAAAUGAAAAGAAUAAGGUCAUCAUCAAGAAUAUGGGCUGGAAUCUUGUUGGUCCUGUUGUUCGAUGCCUUUUAUGGAAUAAUAAGGAAGAUGAUAAAGGAAAAUAUUUUCUGGUGCUUGAUUUAUUGGUAAAGUUAUGUAAUCCAAAGGAAUUAUUGUUGGGUUUGCUUGAACUGAUUGAAGAGCCCUCUGGAAAACAGAUAUCCCAAAUUAUUCUUCUUUUACUUCAGCCAUUACAAACAGUGAUACAGAAACUUCAUAGCAACAAGGCAUAUUCAGUUGGAUUAGCAUUGUCUACCAUUUGGAGUCAACUAUCUCUUCUUCCUGUUCCGUACUCAAAAGAACAAAUACAAACAGAUGACUAUGGCCUUUGUCAAUGUUGCAAGGCCUUAAUAGAGUUCACGAAGCCUUUUGUGGAAGAAGUCAUUGAUGACACAGAAAACUCCCUGGAAAAUGAAAAGCUAAAGGAUGAAUUACUGAAAUUUUGUUUCAAAAGCUUGAAAUGCCCUUUGCUGACAGCACAAUUCCCUGAGCAGUCUGAAGAUGCUGAAAAUGAUCCUUUAAGGUGUUUUGCAUCUGAAAUAAUAGGUUUUUUAUCAGCAAUUGGCUACCCUUUCCCCAAAAUGAUUUUUAAUCAUGGAAAGAAAAAGAGGACUUGGGACUAUCUUGAAUUUGAGGAAGAAGAAGACAAGCAAGUAGCAGACUCUCUGGCUUCUCUGGCAUACCUGGUGUUUGUACAGGGCAUCAGCAUCGAUCAGCUGCCCAUGGUCUUAAGCCCAUCAUACCUUUUGCAGUUUAAUAUGGGGCAUAUUGAAGUCUUUCUGCAAAGAACAGAAGAGUCUGUUUUCUCCAAAGGACUGGAUCUUUUGGAGACUAGUUUGUUGAGAAUGGAAGACAACAGUCUACUUCACCAGUACUUAGAAAUCAAGAGUUUUCUUACUGUACCGCAGGGCUUAGUCAAAGUAAUGACGCUUUGCCCUGAUGAGACAUUGAGGAAAAAGGGUUUGGCUAUGCUUCAGCUGUAUAUUAACAAGUUGGAUUUUCAAGGCAAAUAUACCUUAUUUAGGUGCUUAUUGAGUACAAGUAAUCACUCAGGUGUGGAGGCCUUCAUUAUUCAAAAUAUCAAAAAUCAAAUUGACGUAUCAUUAAAGAGAACACAUAACAAAUGGUUUACGGGACCACAGCUAAUUUCCCUUCUAGAUUUGGUACUCUUUCUCCCAGAGGGUGCUGAAUCAGAUCUACUGCAAAACUCAGAUAGGAUAAUGGCUUCAUUAAAUUUAUUGAGGUAUUUGGUUAUCAAAGAUAAUGAAAGUGACAAUCAAACUGGAUUAUGGACAGAACUUGGAAAGAUUGAGAAUAAUUUCUUAAAGCCCCUCCAUACAGGACUUAAUAUGUCAAAAGCACAUUAUGAAGCAGAAAUUAAAAAUAGCCAAGAAAAUAGCCAAGAAGCCCAGAAGUGUAAAGAUUUUUGUUCUGUAACUGUAGGUGGAGAAGAGAUCCCUAAUAUGCCUCCUGAAAUGCAGCUUAAGGUCCUACAUUCAGCACUUUUCACAUUUGAUUUGAUUGAAAGUGUUCUGGCUCGAGUAGAAGAACUCAUUGAAAUAAAAACAAAGUCUACCUCUGAAGAAAAUACUGGGAUAAAGUGAAAGCUCCAUCUCUUAAAUAAAAAUUAGUAAAAUACUAUA